GCUAACCUGCAUUCACACCCUCCCUCCCUUUCUCUUUCCCCCUCUCUUUCUAGACAAAGAAAAAACAAAAAGGGAGGAGAGAGAGAGAGAGAGAGAGCAAAACCGCGUUGGUUUCUGUCUGUUCCUUCUUCUCCACCUUGCAACCAAACCAACCCUCCAUGGAUUUCUCCUUUCGUUUUUCACGGUUUCGUUUUCUCUCUUACAAAACUAAUUACAUUUACAGAAAAAGAUGGGAAUCAGCAGCCCCUUUUCUUCUUCUUCUUCAACAAAACAACCAAAAUAUGACAUUUCCUUAUUAAUUUACUACGGCCAAUAUGCGUUGGCUUCAUAACAUUUCCUUUUCUUCUUCUUCUUCUUCUUCAACUUCUUCUUCCCUUUCUCCUCAUAAACGUUCAUCUUCAUCUUUCUCUUCUUCUUCAAUGGCCACGGAGGAGACUCUCCCUUCGAUUAGGAGAGGUCAUGGCAGUCGUAUUAGUCGGAAUAAUCAUCGUAGUUUAAGGUUAGGUGGUGGUGGUGGUGAUGAAAGGCCUAAGCUUAUAAGGCAAAGGAAGUUAAGACAUUUAACCGAUCAAGACCUUGCAGGUAAAAAAAAGCAGGUGGCACCACCGGAUCAUCAUGUGGAUUCUGGUGCCCUUCCGAGGUCAGCUUCUGCUUCGGUUGCUGUGCCAUUACCGCUUCCAUUGCCCGUGCCUUCUGGAGAUGGGGACUUGAGGUUGCCUUCGCCCAAGGAGAGGCAUCGCGAUGGUUUUAGGGAAAGAGAAAGAGACAGGGGUGAUAGGGUUGGAGAGGGAUUAUCUUCUUCGAAUUCUCCAAUUUCUAGUACAUUUGCUGGUCGAAACAUGAAGAAAAUGAUCGAGCAUCUACACUCUCAGUCACCUAGGAUGGUACGUCCGGAUUUCAGUACUGCUCAGAGUUCUCGGGACAACUUCGGGAUCAAUAUUCCUACGAGGAGCGCUCCUACUAGUCCUUUCACAAGUCCUGUUCGCAGCCCACCAAGAACGAGUAACACUGCUGAUAUGCUUCCUUACUACCGCAUGAUUGCUAAAGCAAAUCAAGUCUGGUCUGCACCAGAGAUGGCAACAUUAGACAUACCUGGGCUUCCUCCUCCAGCAUUCAUGGAUAUCACUGCUUUUAGUACUGAUAGUUCUCCUCUUCAAAGUCCACCAAAUUUAAGUCCCCAACGGAGUGCCAGAAGCCCAACUGGACCUCCAUCACCAUUGAUUGCCAAGUUAUCAAUCGAAAGCUCACCUGCAUGGCGUGAAAGUAAUGCUAAUUUUGAGGUCCACCCUUUACCUCUUCCUCCAGGAGCAUCUGUCCCUUCACCAUCAGUACCAGUUCCUCUAGCUCUAUCUAAACUAGAAUCCACGUCUAUGAAAAGUCAUUGGCAGAAGGGAAAGCUAAUUGGACGCGGUACAUUUGGAAGUGUUUAUGUUGCCAGCAAUAGGGAAACUGGGGCAUUAUGUGCAAUGAAGGAAGUGGAAAUGUUUCCCGAUGACCCAAAAUCUGCCGAGUCUAUAAAGCAAUUAGAACAGGAAAUUAAAGUUCUUAGCCACCUGAAGCAUCCAAACAUUGUGCAGUAUUAUGGUAGUGAAAUAGUGGAUGAUAAAUUCUAUAUAUAUCUGGAGUAUGUUCAUCCAGGUUCAAUAAAUAAAUAUGUACGUGAACAUUGUGGAGCCAUAACAGAAAGUGUAGUUCGUAAUUUUAGUCGCCAUAUUGUUUCUGGGCUAGCUUACUUGCACAGCACGAAGACAAUACACAGGGAUAUAAAAGGGGCUAAUUUGCUUGUUGAUGCAUCUGGAGUUGUGAAGCUUGCGGACUUUGGGAUGGCAAAACUUCUUACUGGACAAGCUGCUGAUCUUUCUCUAAAGGGAAGCCCUUACUGGAUGGCUCCUGAGCUCAUGCAAGCUGUAAUGCAUAAGGAUUCCAGCUCUGAUCUUGCACUUGCUGUUGAUAUUUGGAGUUUGGGAUGUACUAUUAUUGAAAUGUUCACUGGGAAACCUCCUUGGAGCGAGUAUGAGGGGGCUGCAGCCAUGUUUAAAGUUAUGAGGGAUAGCCCAUCUAUACCUGAAGUAUUGUCACCAGACGGCAAGGAUUUUUUGCGUUGCUGCUUUCGAAGAAACCCAGCAGAGAGACCGUCAGCAACCAUGUUACUGGAACAUCGGUGGUUGAAAAACUCUCAGCAGCUCGAUGUAUCAUCUACCAUCCAGUCAAUCAGUGGGAUAAAAUUGACUGAUAUAUCCCAAAGUCUAAGAGCUUCUGGAGUCAAAUUUGAUCAUCUGCCAGGAUUACCAAGCUCAAGAAGUACUAAAGGAAAGACGACUGCUGACAGCUUUGCGCAUUAUUCUUUUUCUCCAGCAAAACUGUCCAACGACUUCGUCAUGAAACUUCCAACUUAAAAGACAAAAUGGCCUCCCAUCAAUCUCCAUGUUCAGUUCCUGUGGUUCUUCCUACUCUAGCUCCUCUGCAGUUGGAUCGGAGCAUACAUCACAUCAGGUCUUAUUCACAAGAUCCAGUUUAUGCAAAUGUGGUGCUAAAAUUAACCAUAACUUCAGAUAACACAGUACUGGAAGAGCUUCUGCUUGUUCUUUGGAUGGACUAAACUAACAACAAACUGCAAAUUAGAAGAAGUUUUGUUGUUGACCGCUGUGCACUCUGGUGGAUUUCUGGUGGCUAUAGUUUGCUUCAGUAGAUUGUUCUUCCCUUUAUCAUUUUCAUCAAUGCUUCCUAACGUUUUAAGUGCUUGCUCAUCUGAAAUAUAGGCCAAGUCAAGGAUUUUAGAAGCAGGUUUUGUACACUAUUGCAUUGAGUUUAGAGCUUCAGCAAUCUCAGAAGUUCAAUUGUAUGUAUAUUUCCGAAGGUAGUAUUCUUGCCUGAAUGUAACGUCAUUAGAUUGUAGGGAAAAAGUUAUAACUAUUCUUCUACCAUGUUGCUGUUAAUUUUCCAAGGAAAUCUCAUGCGACAGAACAAUCCUAGAAGCUUCUAAUAAGAAUUAUAAAGCCACCAUAAUUUGUGGUGGUAAGGUUUCAUA